AUGAAUCACAGCAAGGUCGAAUUUGAACCUUUUGAAUAUUCCUACUAUGACUAUUCAGACUGGUACUCGAACAACGCAGAGCCAACCACACCACCCAAAGAAGUUAUUUUGCCAUGUGACCCCACAGUGGAUGACAAGAUCUUCCACAUAUGCAUGCUGUUGAUAUCUCUGGUGAUCAUGUUAAUCCUGGCAGCUCUCACCAGGAAAAACAAAAUCUGCCAAGGAUUUGCAAGAGGAUCAUCCAGUAUCUUCAGUCCAGUCAACUUCCUGGACCAGACUCAGAAAAAAGACCUGGUCAUGGCUGUUUUUGGACUAGUGUUCAGCAAGCUGUCAAUGCUGGUGAUCGCCCCGGAGCCUCUGCCUUUCUCCGAAGACACCCCGGCAGACAUUAAAGAGUACAUGAAGAUAAUUGCCAUCUUCUACUAUCCUGUCCUUUAUUAUCCUGUGUUGGUCUGUGGCACUCUGCAGCACAAAGCAAGUUAUGCGUUCGGGACGCUCCUCUCCUUCACUCACUUCGGGGUCCUGGUGUGGCAGAAGUUCGACUGUCCUCAGACUCCAGAGAUCUAUAAGUUCUACGCUCUGCUUGCAAGUCUACCGCAGUUGGCAUGCCUUGCAUAUCUCUGUGUCCAGUUUCCUUUGCUGUUUGUCAAAGGACCAAAGACUGACGAGGACCUUGACAGCAGCUACUACACCAACUAUGUGAAGUCACUUCUCAAGAAAAAGUCUUCAGCUGCCAGCUCUUUAUCUACAGACAAACCAACACUGGCAGAGAGAAUACUCGAGGUGCUUAAGAGUUACAUUUAUAAACCAGAAAAAGUGUUUUGUUUUCCACUAAAGUUGGCUGUAUCAACAUUUGUUGCCUUUGUGGCGAUAUAUCAUGUGGCGUUGUUGUUAGUCGUCCUGGUGGUCCCUAAUCUCCAUAUUGUUCGUGCUGGUAUUGAUGAAAACAUCGCCUUCCUGUUAAUGGGAUUUGGGAUAAUCUUGUCAGACGACAGAAUGGAGGUCGUCAGAAUUGUGACCUUCUAUACUUGGUUGCUGGAAGUGUGCUACCUCUGUGCAAUGACCCUUUCUUGUGUGGUCAGUCUCAUCAUGCUCAUGAGGUCCAUGAUACUUCACAGGUCAAACCUGAAAGGACUGUACAAAGGAGACAUUUACAGCAUUUAUAAAAGCCAGAAUACCAUCCGUCCAUCUAAACCUGGUAUUGUCUGUUGGAUGGGCUUGAUAGGAUACCAGGCUGCGAUCGUCUGCAUUGGAAUGGUUAUUCAGACUGUUGUGUUUUUCAUCUGCUUCUUGUUCCUGGUGUUUUUGAUCAUUAUCCCUAUUUUUUACGGCCGUAAUAUCAUCGUCUUUGAAAUAGCUGGAAAAGCAUGGCCGGUCUGGGUCACAAUGCUGCUGGUUACAGCGCUUCAACACGUGACAGCUAAGUUUGCUUUCAUCAAAAAGGAAUCUGGUACAAGAGACUUGAACAACAGAGAGAGUCUGUUCCUUCUGACAUACCUGCUGUUCCUGAUCAACACUGUGGUGGGACUGAUAGUCGCAAUAUGGAGAAUGGUGAUAACAGCUUUGUACAACAUCAUCCAUCUUGGUCGCAUUGACAUCAGUCUGCUGCACCGCACCGCAGAGUCCUACGACCCAGCCUUCCGAUACUACACCCACUCCCUGAAGGUAGAGGUCAGCCAGUCACACCCGGUGAUGAAGGCCUUCUGUGGUCUGCUGCUGGACAUGAUGAUCGAGAGUGGCAGUGCUGGACAGAAAAUAAGAGACGCAGAGGAAGGGAUUCGGGAGAAUCGGCCGAACAAGGCGACCAGCAGUCGGAGGAUUCGCACUCGCUGGCAGCUGCUGUACACGCUGGUCAACAACCCGUCCCUGCUGGGCUCCAGGAAGCACUUCCAGACACGGCGGACUUCAAAGAGCACCCUGAAUGGGACCCCCAACCACAGCGCCAAGAAAGGCAGCAAGAGGGAGGCCAGCAUGACUGCUGCAGAGCCAGUCCAAUCCACUGCCGCCCCAACAAACCAAGAUAAAACUGAUUGA